AUAUAUAAGACUGAUAAUAUAUAUCAGGCAGGAUCACCCUAUUUGGACACAGCAGACCAGGAUUUCAACAGGGAAUAUAUCUCAAUGUUUAUACAAGGUUCCAGUAUGGGAAUGCUCAGAAUGACAUUUUUGGUAUGCGAUCCUACACCCACUCGUUGGCUAAGUCUAUGAUGGCAGUGAUGCACUCUCUGAGAUCGGGCGCUAAGUAUUUGAAUACGGAUAAGCUUCUACACAACUCAAAACAACUCAAAUCUAUAUCUUCAAGACCAUCAGUAGACUACUUUCUGUACUGGCUCCUUACACUUCAUGGUUUUUUUUUUAACGCAUCAGUGGAUCAGUAGAUGCCUUUGAUGGUUGCAUAGCAAUAACCUCUUGGUCUGUUAUUUUGUUUUACAUCGUGGGCAACAUUCACCAAAAAUCUACAUGAUUCACAGCUGCUGGCUCAUUUUAUCUGCCAUGCUAACUGGAACUUCCAGAAAGAGAAAUCAGUUUGAUCUUGCUCUUCUAUUAAAAUUCUGAUCUUCAAACACCACUUUCAUAAAGCUGUUCACAGCUCAAUUGUAUUGAGAUUUUCUAUAUGAAGGAUUAAUCUGACAUUAAUAAUGAAAUAUUACAGGUGUCAUUUAACUGAUCUGUAAUUCCUGCUUUAAGAACACAGUUCAAAGUUCAAAAUACAUUAUUAAAGUAUGCAUAUAUUAUACAACCUUGAGAUUCGUCUCCAAAAAAGCUAAAAAAAAAAAGACCCAAUGUACAGAGAGAAAAACAUUGUGUAAACAAUAAAAGUAAGCAAAUAGCAUUUAGAAUGAACGUGAGCUCUCAAACAUGAAGCUUGGAGCAGCUGGAGCAUGCCCUUCGGUACAGAUGUAAUGCCAACCUUCAAUCGGCUCCAAGAUCAAUCUAACUUUCCCCAUCCACAUCCAUGUACUUUCAUCCAUGUACCUGUCUAAGAGCCUUUAAAUGUCCCUAACAUAUCUGCCUCUAACUCCACUCGCUUCAAAGUGUUCUAUGCACUUACCAAUCUGUAAAAAAUAUCUACUUCUGACGAACCCUUGUAUAUUUUUCUCCAAUUACCUUAAAACUGCCAGGUUGUUGCUGCGGCACCACUCCACUAGUUGGCAUAUUUCACCUCUGUACACCCUCUCAUCACCACCUGAGAUUCUAACAACAAUGGUCGUAUCGUCAGCAAAUUUGUAGAUGGCGUUUGAGCUAUGCCUAGCCACACAGUCAUGUGUAUACAGAGAGUAGAGCAGUGGGCUAAGCACACACCCCUGAGGUUCACCAGCAUUGAUAGUCAGUGAGGAGGAUAUGUUAUCACCAAUCCGCACAGACUGCGGUUUUCCAAUUAGGAAGUCGAGGAUCCAAUUACAGAGAGAAGUACAGAGGCCCAGGUUCUACAACUUCUCAAUUAGGAUUGUGGGAAUGAUGGUAUUAAAAACUGAGCUAUAGUUGAUGAACAGCAUCCUGAUGUAGGUGUUUGUGUUGUUUAGGUGGUCUAAAGCUGUGUGAAGAGCCAUGGAGAUUGCGUAUCUAGUCAGCUCCAUCUUGGGCACGAGCCGACGAGGUACCCAGGACAUCUUUCCGAAGCGGUGUCUCAGAAAAACAGUGUCCAUUAUUAAAGACCCCCAGCACCCAGGGCAUGCACUUUUCUCACUGUUACCAUCAGGUAGGAGGUACCAGAAGCCUGAAGGCACACACUCAACGAUUCAGUACGGAAACAUAACAGGCACAGUCAGCAGCUUUUACUUUUCUCUGAAAGCAUGCAGUACCAUGAAUUAUAGAUUAUUCCCAACUCUUCACCCAAAUCACUUCUACUCUUACAUCUUCAAAGGAAAAUACUGUGGGCAGGCUCUUGUCUUGAAAAUACAAGGAAGGUAAGAACAGUCACAUGCAGUCUACAAGUAGGUUGUUGUUGCAAGCGCAUGUACAUUCAUGUUAAGAAUGGCUGAAGUCUUGAACUAAUCUGCACUUCCUCUUCGUGCCUAUACAGGAAUUCAUAUGAACCAACAAUGCUUUGUACAUGCUUGGAAUUUUCCGGCAAGACAUUUGUUGGAGCACUUUAGAUUAGGUUUUCCGCAUAACUGUUUUAUAAAAGUUUCAAUUUCUUCUAAAUUAGCAUUGAAAAUCCAAUGUUUUUGGUGCCCGUCUCAAACUUUUUCCCCACAUUAACAAUUUCACUUGACCACUGUUCCUAGUUAGAUCAGCUGUUCAUAACCUGGAGCUGAGCUUCCACCCAAGUAUCCCAACCAUCACUAAGAUUUCAAUCAUGUUAAACUAAAAUAGACUUUUUUGUUUUAAUGAUGUUCUUCUUUGUAAAAUAUUGUGUAAAAUUUGUAUUUGGGUUUAUUAUGAAUACUGCUUACAUGAUGCCAUGUGCCUGUGAUACUGCUGCAAAUAAGUUUUUGGUUGCAUUUGUGCAUGUAUAUAUUUGCGCAUAUGACAACACAACUUUGACUUCCUUUGAUCUGCAGAACAUUCCUUAAUUCCUCACUCCUAUUCCAGCUACUUUCAAGUCUGGCAAUGAUCAACUAAUUGGCCAGCUAUCUUAGUCUCCCCUCCAAAUUUUUCUAUUAAUUUCCAUCACCCAACUGUUAUUAACUGAGCUUCCAGAUGUCUAGCCCCUAAUUUACCUCAAACUCUGGCUCUUUCUAUUCCUUAAAGAUCACUAACAGGUGCCACUCAAUUGCACUGGAAACACCUUUCAUCGUUCUUGUUUAAUUUAUAUGUUUUUCAGGAUGCAAGAGUCAUUGACAAGAUUAGCAACUUUUGUCAAUGGUAAUGGCAAGUUAUUUUUAGGGAACAAAAUAAUCCUUUAGGAGGAGGUACAUCCACAUACUAUUGAGCAGGCAACAGCACUGGGUAGAUAGGGAUACCAUUAGUACCAGGAGUUUUUAUUUUCCCCAUCACCUGGAGUGAGAAUUAAAGAAAAACAAUAAAUGCUUUUUCUGGUAAUGAUCACAUCCUGAAAAAUGAAUAAAUUUAAAAAUUGAUGAAAAGUGUUGCAAUUAGUGCUUUCAAGUGACACAGCUAUAACAAAGAACUGUACAAGACAGGAAGAGGUUUUCAUACCACAAAUUAAAAAUUAAAUUAAUUACUGUCUGCCUGAAACACAUCCUUCCAUAUUCACAUGUCUAAUUAAAAGCUUGUAAAGGCCAAACAUCAUUCGUGCUUCCACCACCAAGCUUGCCAGCAAAUUCCAGAAAUCUACAACCCAGAGUAAAAAAGAUUGCUCCACAUCUUCGAAUUUACCACUCAACUUAAAUGCAUGCUCUGGUAGGAGCUGCAUUCAAACUCAAUCAUGCUGAAUUGCUUCACUGGCUAGAUUUGUAUCUUGAACAGAGAAUAGUGGUUGUGCUCACUGAAGGCAACUCAUUGCAAACACCAGUAUGCCUACUGAAUUUCUCAGCAUGGCAUCUUAGAUGCAGCAAUGUUAAACUGUUUCAUCAAUGGCCUUCCUUCAUGAUAAGGAUGGAACUGGUAUGGCCACUGGUGAUUGGUCUAUGUUGUGCUUGAGUGAAAGUUCCUCAAAUAAUGAAAGACUCACAACAGUCAGGGGUAAGGCGAUAAAUAAAAAAAACAACAUAUAUGCUCCAUUAACAUCAGGCAGAUUUCAUCUUGAACAAUGUAGUCUAAUCAUUAAGCUUAACAAUAGUAUUGCAAUUAAUUAUCAUACGCCAGCUGUAUUACCAUUUCUCUGGUUACCAAAAAAACUCAAGUAAAUUGAUAUCACUCAGGCAGAAGUAGCUAGGUGGAUUGGUGUAGCAACCACUAAUCAAAAUAUUCUUUAGCAAAGUCGCAAUCCUUGGACCCAUCUAGUAAGUGUACCCUAUCUUCGCAAGGGAACCAAAAUUGCAUACAAUGCUCUCACUGCCUCCACCCCCAAUGCUCAGAACAAUUGCAACAAGAGUUCUUCACUUAUAUUUAAGACUUUGUGGAACAGAAGAUACAGUACAAUGUUGUCUCAGAAUUGUUUGUUUCACCUACACAUUGACCUUCAAUGACUUGUAUUUUGGCAUCACUCAAUGGACUUAGGACCUCAAGCCUCGGGGUCACCUGUUUACAGCUACCAGGAGAGAACUAUCUGUGCUGAUGCACUCCACCAGCGUCGGUGUGACACAGCACCUGGACAGGAGACAGUGCUGCCCUCCUAUUUGGCAGAAGACAAGCUCGAUUGUGAUCAACCUUAGACUGAUGGUGUGAGUUUCAGGCUCUUUUAUUGCUUGAUUGUGAUAUCAUUUGUGCUUGCUAUCUUUUGUGUGCUUUGUGCUGUGUGCGUCUGUUGGUACUCUGUUUUGCACCUUGACCCCAGAGUAGCACUGAUUUGUUUGGUUGUACUUAUGAAUAUUCAUGUAUGGUUGAAUGACAAUUAAACUUGAAUUGAAUUGAAUAAGCACAGAGGUCCCUUUGAAUAUUAAAAUUAUUAAACCUUACCAUUUAAAGCAAAAAUUCAACUUUUCUGCAAAGAUGGUAACUUCACAUUUUUCCCACACAAUGUAUUUCAUCUGUAUUGUUCUCAACCAUUCACUUGUUUAUCCAAAAUCCCCUGAAGGCUCUUUACACCCUCCUCCACACUUUUAGAUUCACAUGGUUUAGUACCAUCAACAAAUCUGCAAAUAUGACAUUUGAUCCCUCAGACACCUUUUUGACAGACUGUGAAAAACUUGAGUCCUAGCUUUGAUCCCUAUGGUUUACCUACCCCUAAUCUAUUUUAAUUGCUGCUCUGCUUUCUGUCUGAUAAGCAACUCUCAAACCAUAUUAGGAUAUCACUCCAAAGUCCAUGCGCUCCAAUACUGAAGAAAUUUUGUACAGGAUCUCAAGAGAGCCUUCUGAACAUUCAAACACAAAUACACCUCAAUCAUUGGUUCUCCCUUAACUACUUCCUUUGUCAUAUCCUCAGAAAUCUCCAGAUUAGUAAAACACAGCUUUCUUCGCUUAAAUCCAUGCUAAUUCUGUCCAGAACUUCUAUUAUUUUCAAGGUGCUCAACUAUUAGGUGGCACAGCAGUUAGAGCUACUACAUCAUAGCCCCAGCGACCUGGGUUCAACCCUAAUCUCCUGAACUGUCUUGUGUGUAGUUUGCACAGGAACUCUGGGCUUUCCCUGUGGGUGUCCUCCAUAUUCCAGCCAUGUGUAAAUUCUCCCUCCUCUCUGGAUGAAGGGUGUGGAAGAACUGGGGGUGGGGGGAAAUUAAGGGGUACAUUAGGUUACAAGGGUAUCUGGGGAACAGGAUUGAGGGGGAUGGCAUAGAUGGGUACCAGGUUGUCAGUGCAGUUAUGGUGGGGCUGAAGGGCCUCUUCCCUCAUUGCAUAACUAUUUCUCCACAUGCUCAGUUUUUAAAAUCUAUGUCAUUAUAGACAACUCUUAAACACAUUCAUCCCAAGAAGCAACUCCACAAAUUUGUUAGAUUAGGAUGUGCUGAUCAGAGUAAGCAGCUUAUUGGUCAAAAAGACAGCAUCCAUCAUUAAAGAGCCCCAUCACCCAGGGCAUACCCUCUUCUUAUUGCUGCCAUCAAGGAGAUGGUACAGGAGUCUGAAGACACACUCAGCAUUUCAGGAACAGCUUCUUCCCCUCUGCCAUCAGAUUUCCGAAUGGACAAUGAACCCAUGAACAUAUUCUCAGCAUUUUUCACCUCUAUUUUUGCACACUAUUUACUUAUUUUUUCUAUACAGUACUUGUUAUUCUAAUUCGGGGGUCGGCAACCCGCGGCUCUGGAGCCGCAGGCGCCUCUUUUACCUCUGUGCUGCGGCUCCCUGUUGCUUUGGAAAAUAAUUGGUCAGUAUUUAAUUAAAAUGUAUUUAUGUUAGUUUGUUAGUUUUUGAAAUGUAAUUCUAAAUUUGAAGAUUAUGGUGAUCUUGUACAAUCUAAAUAAGACGUUGUGGCGACCCAUUUCCUAACACAUCCGAACCGGCUCACAAUUAGCCAGCGUUCAGGCUAAGGGAGAUAGCCUACGGGGGUUUGUGAGUACGUGUCUUUUGCAGCAUCCGCGCCCAUGGGGGCCAGGUUGAGGGAGGCUUAAAAGCAAGGCUGUUUAGUUCGAAUAAAGUUAUUUGACUGCAGUUUACUGACUGCGUGAGCACACCGCUACAAAGUGUUUUUAUCGCUAUUAAUAUACGUCACCACUGCCAAUACCUGACACCCGUCAGUGCGCGAUUUCUUUAAUUUUUCGAUCCAAGGUAGGCCAACUAUGGAGAAUUCUAAAAAAAGAAAAGUGACUGAAGAAAACAGAACGUUUAAUGAUAUGUGGACAGAUUCAUUUGCUUUCACUGUUGACGAGACUGGUUUACCGGUAUGCUUAAUAUGCAAUGAGAAACUAGCAAACAACAAAAAGUCAAAUGUCGCAAGGCAUUUCCAGAAUAAACACGCAGCCUUUGCUCAAAAAUAUCCGGAUGGAGAUGAGAGAUAAAAAGUCGUUUCGGAACUGAUGCGGAAGGUUGAUCUGAGCAAAAAUCAUUUCAAGCAAUGGAUGAAGUCUGGAAAACCAACGACAUACGCUAGUUAUAUUGCCGCUCAGGAAAUAGUCAGGCACGGGAAGCAGUUUACAGAUGGUGAAUAUAUAAAAGAAUCUUUCAUUAAGAUUUCAGAACAUCUAUUCACGGACUUUAAAAACAAGAGUGAAAUUGUGCAGAAAAUCAGGGAUAUGCCCCUCCCUGCAAAGACUGUCAAAGACAGAACCAUAAAAAUGGCAGAAGACAUCACAAGACAGCAAAUUAAAGACAUCAAUUCAGCUGUGGCCUACUCGAUUGCCUGUGAUGAGUCUAAAGACAAAGGUGAUAUUGAACAAAUAGCGCUGUUCUACCGGUAUGUAAACUCUGCCGGGCCACAGGAAGAACUGAUUGAGUUGAUACCUCUAAAAGACCAAACACGGGGGGAGGACAUCUGUGAGGCUGUCUUGAAUUGUUUAAGAGCCAAAGGAAUAAAGACUACCCACCUGGUGUCAGUAGCUACUGAUGGGGCACCGAAUAUGACGGGAACGCACAAGGGAUUUGUGGCUUUACUGCAGAAGUCGCUGGACAGAAAGCUGCUGACUUUUCACUGCAUCUUGCACCAAGAGGCACUGUGCGCUCAAACAUUUCCUCUGGAAUGCACAGAAGUAAUGGAUGUUGUCAUUCAGAUUGUCAAUAAAAUAAUGGCAAAAAGUUUAAAUCACCGUCAAUUCCGUUUGUUACUGGACGAGCUGGAAAGCGCAUAUUCUGAUCUCCUGCUGCACAACAAAGUCCGGUGGCUGUCCAGAGGGGAGGUGCUGAAACGCUUUGUCGCGUGUCUGGAAGAAGUGAAAACUUUCCUGGGCAGCAAAGGGCUCACCUUUCCUGAGCUGGAACAGAGUGGCUGGAAAAGCUACACUUCAUGGUAGACAUGACAGCGCACCUGAACACGCUGAACACAGCUCUUCAGG